AAGCUGUCCGUAUCCAAGCAACAUUUCAACAUCUGACACUGCUUUGUGGUCUUCAAGAACGUUUCCCUGAUUACAAGGAACAGAAGGAAAUUUGACAGCUGCUUCGCACAGGAAGUCAACAUGCCUGCUGCUGUAGUAACUGCGACAGACCUAGAGAAUAAUAUCCGUACUUUGUCGCAGACAAAGAGGAUACGAGUCACUGAAUACUUCCAGGAUUUCGACAAACACCGGUCUGGAUAUAUUUCAGACCAGCAGUUUUUCCGAUGUUUAUGGCAAACUUUUGAACUCCAGUUAGAUGCUGAACAAGCAAAUGUUUUGCGAAGAAAAUAUGAUUUAAAGCGCGAUCAAAGAAUCCACUACAAGUCUUUCUGUGAAGAAAUAGAGAAAAACUUCAACCCUGGUGAUCUUACAAUCGAUCCUAAAUUACAGAAAAAGGCAGCUCCAGAAUUUUUGGGAACCAAACGGUCUGUCAGGCCAUUGAGUCCGCAGACAGAAGAUAAAAUCUUGAAGCUCCUCCAGAGAAUGCAACAGUUCUAUCAGUACCAUGGGAUCAACCUGAGGACUUGUUAUGAGGACUUUGACCGUCAUCACAUGGGUGUAGUCACUGAGAGUCAGUUUUACAGAAGUUUUCCUGGACCCCCAGAUGUUAAUGACAAUGAAAUGAGUAUGCUGGUGAUGAAAUACCGUGACCCUGACAAGCCAGGUCUCCUCAACUAUCUCAAUCUGCAUCACGACAUUGUGGCUAUCGGGCAGCAACUCAUAGGGUCUGUCAGCAGUGUCUUGGACAGGAAUGUAGAUCUGGUCCCGUUGAUGCCAAACGUGGAUCCAGCUCUCAACACAAUCUUUGACAAGAUUCGUGUAGCCGUGUUUAAAAAUGGAAUCCGUACACCAGAGUUUUUUAAGGACCAUGACAAGCUGAGGAGUGGGAUAAUCACAGAAAACCAGUUUGUGUGUGGGCUGGCUCUGGCGGUGGGUAAGGAGGCCCAGCUCUCACGAGCAGAGAUACAGAAGGUGGUGGAGUAUUACAGACAGUCAGACGGCCGAGUCCAAUACCAUGAGUUCUGUGACAUGAUGGAAAAUGCAUUCAAUAUCCCCCAUUUGGACAAGAAACCACUUCAGAAUGUUGUACGGCCAUUGAAGGGAACAUUGCAUAGAGGACUGAAGCCUUUGACAGAUGAACAGGAAGCCCGUAUCAGGGUCAUCCUUGGGGAAAUUGCGGAGCAGGUCAGGAGGAGGCGACUCUUGAUGUAUCCAUACUUCAAGGAUUAUGACAGGGGUAUUGCCUACACCAGAAUUGUGACUAAAACCCAGUUUGGACGUAUCCUCCACUUCCUCAGUCUAAACAUAGCUGCAGAGGACUUUAAAUUAAUCUGUUGUAAGUUUGAGGACCCAGCAAGUGGCGAUGUCAACUAUCCUGCAUUUGUCCAGGCAGUGGAUCAAGAAUUUGUUGGCCAUACUCUGGAUGAUGCAAAUAUGAUGGACAAAAACCGUACCAACACACCAGUACCCUCCAGACCGGUCAGUGCCUCAGACAGCAAUGUCAGCUAUGAGGACCUAAUGGCCAGGAUCAGACAUAUUGUCCUCACCAACAGACUUCGGGUGAUCGAGUUCUUUGGGGACUAUGAUACCCUAAGGACUGGCUCUAUCAGUAAGAGCCAGUUUCGGCGGGGCCUUUCCCUGCUGGGCCUCAGUAAGCUAGGUCAGCAUGACCUGCUGGAUCCCCAGUACCAGGUCCUCAUUGAUUAUUACCAGAAUCCUGCCAAGGAAGACCAGGUCCUCUGGACCAAGUUCACCUACGAUGUGGAAACAGUUUUCACACAGCCAGGGUUAGAAAAGGAGCCAACCUACCAGGUCCCCCCUGUGGACAUGUUCAGGGUCCCCAAACCUGGGAGCAUUGAUUGGGUGAAUGCCACAGAGGACCACAAGACGCUGUUUGAGAGCACCAUGGAAAGGUUGAGACAGAGGAUAAACCAACGCAGAGUUCUGGUUAAACCAGUAUUCCAGGACUUUGAUAAACACAACAAUGGCCAUGUCACCAAGGCCCAGUUUCGACAGUGUCUAACCAUGCUGGAGUUGCACUCCACAGAGGCAGAAAUGUCUGGUCUGGAGGCAAAGUUCUGUAAUGAUGUUGGCUUCAACUACAUACACUUCCUCAAUGAGCUGCAGCCAGUCAUACCACCAAAGUUUAUGUAUGAGACUCGUCUUGAGGAACUGCGUCUUACAAACAAGAAAAACAAAUUGCCAGAAAUCAACGUCGCAAAUGAUUUGGAGGAAGUUCUCAUGAAAGUGAAAACAAAGGUGAUGAAGGAGCGUAUCCGAGUAAUAGAUUAUAUGAGGGACUAUGAUAAACUGAGAUCUGGUAGAAUGCUGAAGACAUCAUUCAGGAGAGCUCUGGACCUGUGUCGCUUUGAGCUGAAGGAGAGUGAGGCCUCUAUACUGGAGGACAGAUACCAGUCCUCUCAAGAUAUUGAUUAUGUAGACUACCUGAGAUUCUGUGAUGAAGUGGAGUCUAUUUUCACCUUUAAGGAGCUAGAAAAGGCUCCUCUGCAAGACCCAGUUCAGUUCAAACCUCCAAAGGAGUGGGCCCUCAACAAACUGACAGGGGAAGCUGAAAUCAAAUGGCAAGCCUGUAUGAAUAGAAUAGCAGAGAAGGUGAGGAAACACCAAAUGCAAUUGUAUCCAUUGUUUGAGGAUUAUGACAGGGUCCACAAUGGUACAGUCUCACGAUCACAGUUCCGCAGAGUGCUAAGUGAGCUGGAACUGGGCAGUCUCGUCAAUGAGCAAGAGUUUGAUUUACUGUGGUUCAAAUUUGACGUGAAGAUUGGCGGCAAGGAUGACGUUGAGUAUAUAGCUUUCUGUGAGAUGAUCUAUGAGCUGGCUAAAUUUGAAUGGAGGAAGCCAUGAUGGAACUAACAGACAGUAAAAUGAAAUUUUAAAAAUCAACAAUUAAAAAAAAAAACAAUCUAAAAUACUAAUUAAGAAUACAGAAAAAGAGUCGAAAGUGGACGUGAAGCUUGGAUUUGGAAAGGGAAACUUAGUAUAUUCCCAUAUCAUCUAAACCUGUGAUCAUUUACACAAACAUAAUAUGUUGGACUGGAGGGUGUCCGACACAUCCUUGUUUAUCUAUUACUCUGUUCAACUGCUGCCUACUUUACAUGUUGUCAAAAAUAACUGAAAACAUCUGUGGACAUAUAUCUUUUGUGAUGCUCUUCCGACAGAAGGAUUUUCAUACAAGGUUUAAAAUGGCGGAAAUGGAGAGUAUGACUGCAAUACACAUUUCUGACUAAUGUUAUUCUAGCAUUGGUUUUGUUUGUAUUGAAGAUAUAUAACCAUUAUUUACAAACCUAUACCAUUGUUGGAAGUGCUCUUAUGACUAGUGAUAAGUAAUAUCUUAAAGGAUCUUUGUUAAUGCAAAAUGUUACUUUACAAUUUAUUUUGCUGAUUUAAGAUUUGUCUUAUAUAGUUUUAUGUUUACAACUGUUUUAUAAAUUAUGACUUGUAUUUUCUUUAUGUCUGACAGUUUCAGCUGUGAAAUGAGUCUGUGAUAUCAGUUUACAUCAGUAUUUUUAUGAUUGCCAUAACUAUGCAGGCAUAUAUCUAUAAAGCAUGUGAUGGUAGUAUUACUUAGAUGAUAAUGUAACACCACAUUGGGUAGGUCACAGGUAACAUGUCACUAGAUAUCAAUACUAUGUACUUGUGUUUAUAUUGUAAAGAACAAAUAAAUAUCACCUGUAAAUAAGUCA